UGUAAUGGCACGGUACAUGAACAAUGAUUUAGAGUACAUUGUUGAGGACUAUCACGACAUGGGUGAAUUCCAUGAUGAGCUUGAGAUGAAUGGCCAGAAAAGGGAAGGCCGAGAUGCUGACCUUGUGGAAGAUGAGGACCCGACAAAGCAAAAGAAUGACACUUCAGCCUCCGAGUACAGAAAGGGGAAGGAUAUUCAAGGAAUAGCAUGGGAAAGAUUGAAUCAUUCCAGGGAGAAGUACCGUGAAAUAAGGUUGAAGCUGUACAAAAACUAUCGGAACCUUCCAAGAACCCGAGAUGAAUUAGAAAAGGAAUGCAAGCAAGUGGAGAGGUCAUGCACUUUUUAUGAUUUUCAGUUCAACACGAGGCUUGUCAAGUCGACUAUCGUGCAUUUUCAGGUACCAAUCUUCUCCUGCAGUUCCUUUCCAAGAUUCUCAUUUGAUAGUUUGUCAAGUAAUAUUGAAGUGUCAAUCAUAGUCCAUCAUUUGGGUCUUGAUUAGGUGCACAAAAUUUCACUAGUUGGCCAGCCAUCUUUGGUGUCUCAUAGCUCAGUGAUAAUCAAUUGGGACUUUCUAUAAUGCACUAUAUAAUAUAACUUUUAGUAAAUUUUGUGCUUUUUAAUUUGUUCAGCUGUUUCUAUUUUUAGCUGAACUUUAUUUUUCCUUUUGAUGGGCGAGUUUUAACAAUUCUAGUGCACCUUUAGAAUAUCAAUUAAAUAUUGCAUAUAUAGUGCAAUGCCAUGCCAACUCACCAAAGUGGAAUUGUUGCAAUUGAAUUAAAAUUGAAGCUCUUUCCUUGCAUAAACGAUGUUCAUAUUUAUGGCCCCACUGGAGAUACCUGCAUACCUUGCAGUUCGUAAACUUAGUAAAAUUGGGCUUGGAAGGCUUGAUUUAUAGCCUUAAAUGUGUACUAUUGUUGAUAUGCCAGCAUCAAUAUUUUAUUAUUUGUUGAGUCUUAAUAGUUUUGCAGGUUGUCAAUACUUGUUAAUUAGUAUGUGGAAUUAUAGUUCGACUAACUAGCUCUGUGACCCUAAUGAAGCAUUUACAUCAUCAGGCAUCAUUUUUUCUAGGAAGGUAAGGUAUUUCUUUAAUGUGAAAAAGUUGGCAUUGAGUACUUCAGUAUUUAGCAGAUAGUCAUGUUCUUUUUACUUACGCUCUAUUUGCUGAAGAUAGGUUCAUUCACCCUUAGUCGAUUUGCUAAUUUUGCUUUAUUGUAUUUGAAAUUGCCUGCUCUACUAACUUUUUAAUUUUUAGCAGUUGGAAUCUGGAGAGGAAUGCUAUAACAUCAUUUAUGAAACAGAUGUGCUUGCAUAAUAUGGGUGACAAAUUUCUUACAAAGAUCUCCAUAGCACUAUAGCACUAUUUGAAGUAAAAUUGCCUUGCAUAUCAUGCUUGGGUCUUUUCUACAAUUUCCUCGCAUUCUCUACUUGUUUGAUAUAGGAAUUGCGCUAUUCAGACACUUAAAAAAAAAAGAAGAAAAGUCAAGGUUUUAGCAAGUUGUUUGUGAUGCAUUUGACUAAGAGUUGAAGAUUGUGUUUUUUCUAAUCUCAUGAUUUUUGUACCGAGUUUGUCGCAUCAUACAGUUCAGUCCACAAGUUCAAUAGGUUGAAUUGUCAGUAUGCUGUAAUUUGUAUUUGUUUUCUCUUUUAUAGCAUUUUUUCCCUCAUAAUUGUUGAGCGGCAACAAAUUAAUGCAUUCUCUAGCAGCUGCUGUCACAUACCAGGCUGGUUAAACUCAGUCCCAUCUAAUUCUUACUAAUCUAUUAAUUGCUUUGCUGCAGCAGUCAUUUUUAACAUUGAUAUUUCCCAGUUUCUUACACUUUACUAUUUGUAGAUAAUGUGAGCUUAAGAGUCCGAGAUUUGCCGGAUUUCUAGUUGUUACUGCUUGUGGACUGUAUGCUUGGCUAACUUAUUCACCGGUUGCAGGCUUUUGCCUUGAUGGAUGUGUAAUCCUUCCUGCAGUAAUUUAUUGUUAUGCCUUGCACAAUGUUAGGGAGAUCGCAUCUUUUUUCAUGAACUUUUAGUUAUAUGAUGCUGUGAUUAACCCCUCUGAUAAUUAGGAUUGGACUGCCAUAUAAUAUUUUUUGUCAGGAAAUAAAAGCAGGGAGGAAGUGCUUUCUGAGCAGCCAGCGCUAUAAGGGGAACUUUUUCAUAUGCUGAGGAAUCUACUGUGGGCAACAUCAAAACAUGAUGUCUACACGGUGCAAAACUACUCGGUCAUGCACUGGUCAUCACUGCUUCGAAGGGGCAAAGAAGUCCUAAACGUAGCUGGACAAAUUGUACCUGCUAAGAAGCACCGUGGUUCCUCAGCUCACUCACUAUCGAGGGUACUGAUAAGUACCUUGGUUGUAAAGGACAACUUAAUGGCGGCUGGUGGUUUUCAAGGCGAGCUUAUUUGCAAGUACUUGAAUCAGUCAGGAGUGUUUUUCUGUACAAAGAUAACUAAUGGUGCCAAUGCCAUCACCAACACAGUAGAUAUUUAUCAAUCUUCUAAUGGCUCCACCCGAGUGAUGACUGCUAACAAUGACUGCUGCGUGAGGGUGUUUGACAUCGAGAAAUUCAUGCUUCUUAAUCGUCUGCCUUUCUCGUGGUCCAUUAAUAAUACUUCUGUCAGCCCGGAUGGCAAACUUCUUGCAGUUCUUGGGGACAGCACUGACUGUCUCCUAGCAGAUUCUCAAUCUGGAAAGGUGAUUGGAGAUCUUAAAGGUCAUUCAGACUACUCGUUCGCAUCGGCUUGGCACCCUAAUGGUCGCAUCCUGGCCACUGGGAAUCAAGACAAGACAUGCCGUCUGUGGGAUGUGAGGAAGCUUUCUCAGUCCUUCGCUGUGCUCAAAGGGAGGAUGGGAGCAGUACGUGGCAUCAAGUUCUCAGCAGACGGAAGGUUCAUGGCAAUGGCGGAGCCAGCGGAUUUCGUUCACAUAUACGACACUAGGGCUGAUUAUGGCCAUGCUCAGGAGAUUGAUUUGUUCGGGGAGAUCGCUGGUAUAACGUUCAGCCCAGACACUGAGGCACUCUUUGUAGGUAUAGCAGACCGCACUUAUGGGAGCUUACUAGAGUUCAGGAGGCGGCGCCGGUUCCAUUACCUGGAUUCCUUGCUCUGAUGACGGUCUGGAUGCAGGGGGGGGCGUUGAUGGUUUCUUUGGUUUGAUGCUUUGUACAUAACCACAUUGGAUCGGGGUCCUGGAAACGAUGCCUUGAAGAGGAGAAGUUUCAUGGGUAAUGAAGGCGGCUGGGUAACGUGCCAAAUGCAAUUAGAAACUAGCGGAAUUCCUCCACCCUUAUUAUUAUUUUUUUUUCGCAGUAUCUGUAUGGAAGUGCUUCAUGGGUUUUUUUUUUCGAGUGCUGCAGCGUUAAUGCUUACGUUAGAUAUUGCAGCUGUGUGAGUGGUGAGAUAAUAUAGGUGACAAAGUAUUCCACCAGUCUAUAUUAAUUUACUAAAUUUCAGAAGCUGAUGGUUUUAGA